AUGUCUGGAUCGACGCAGCCCGUGACGCAGAGCUGGCGCGCGGCCGAGCCGCGCUACCCCCCGCAUGCCAUGUCCUAUCCGGUUCAGAUUGCUCGACCACACGCGGACGUCGCGCUGUUGGAGUACCAGCAUCAUUCCAGGGAUUUCACUUCCCACCUCCCGCCGGGCUCUAUCAUGCAGCCGCAGCGGAGGAGACCGUCCCUGCUCUCCGAGUUCCAGCCGGGCAAUGAAAGAUCUCAGGAGCUGCACCUGAGAACCGAGGCGCAUUCCUAUCUCUCUGACCUGACCAAGCCGUCAGACCUGGAGUUCAUUGAAACCAAGAGGCCACGCCUGGACCUGCUGCAGGACCCUCUGAUGCGGCACUCACCUCUCCUGAGCCAGAGCCAGCAGGGAGGGACAGAGGAUCUCUCAAAGGAUCGUGGCCUGCCUGGCAAACUGGAGCCCGUGUCGCCUGUGAGUCCUGCUCACCCUGACACCGAGCUGGACCUGCUGCCCGCCCGGCUGUCCAAGGAGGAGCUCAUUCAGAACAUGGACCGCGUGGACCGCGAGAUCACCAUGGUGGAGCAGCAGAUCUCCAAGCUGAAGAAGAAGCAGCAACAGUUGGAGGAAGAAGCAGCCAAACCACCAGAGCCUGAAAAACCCAUCUCUCCCCCUCCGAUCGAGUCCAAACAUCGCAGCUUGGUGCAGAUCAUCUACGACGAGAACAGGAAGAAGGCGGAGGCUGCCCACCGGAUCCUGGAAGGACUGGGUCCCCAGGUGGAGCUGCCAUUAUACAACCAGCCUUCAGACACCAGGCAGUACCAUGAAAACAUUAAAAUAAACCAGGCAAUGCGGAAAAAGUUAAUUUUGUACUUUAAGAGGAGAAAUCAUGCGCGCAAACAGUGGGAACAGAAGUUUUGCCAGCGCUAUGACCAGCUGAUGGAGGCCUGGGAAAAAAAAGUGGAGCGCAUCGAAAAUAACCCGCGGCGCCGUGCCAAAGAGAGCAAAGUGCGGGAAUACUAUGAGAAGCAAUUCCCGGAGAUCCGGAAGCAGCGGGAACUGCAAGAGCGCAUGCAGAGCAGGGUAGGACAGAGGGGCAGCAGUGGGCUCUCUAUGUCAGCCGCACGCAGCGAGCACGAGGUGUCAGAAAUCAUCGAGGGGCUCUCAGAACAAGAGAACCUGGAGAAGCAGAUGCGCCAGCUCGCUGUCAUCCCGCCCAUGCUCUACGAUGCUGACCAGCAGCGCAUUAAAUUCAUCAACAUGAACGGCCUCAUGGAUGACCCCAUGAAGGUCUACAAGGACCGGCAGGUGAUGAACAUGUGGAGUGAACAGGAGAAGGAGACUUUCCGGGAAAAGUUCAUGCAGCAUCCGAAGAACUUUGGCCUGAUCGCAUCCUUUCUGGACAGGAAGACGGUGGCUGACUGCGUCCUCUACUACUACCUGACCAAGAAGAAUGAGAAUUACAAGAACCUUGUGAGAAGGAAUUACCGGCGGCGCGGGAAGGGCCAG